CUAAGCGUUUGCGGCUUUUUGCCUGUGUAUUAAUAAUAUUUUGGUGUAAACAAUUAAGUUAAAACAUUAAUGUUUAUAAAAAAGUUUUUCAAAUGAAGAUGAACGCUACUAGUUUGUAUGUUUCAACUUGUCGUUUGAUAAUUCUUGCUGAUGCAGCAGAUAAAAGUUCGUGGACAGACUUGUUUCGUUUGGUUCCUUAUUUACGACAAUCGCUAUCGUGUACUGUGUGUGGAAAUUUAUUAAAAGAACCUUAUACUCCUACGAGUUCCGGCUGCCAACAUCACGUCUGUAAAAAUUGUAAAGGCGGGAGAAAAAAGUUAAAACCUUCGUGCAGUUGGUGUAAAGAUUAUGAUAACUAUACCGAAAACUUACAGUUACGUAUACUUCUGCAAUGUUACAAAAAGCUUUGUGAAUAUUUUAUGGGCACAGAAACGUACAAAACUUUAUUGGAAGAAGAUGAGAUAGCGGCGGGAGUUAAUGGUGGCACAGUCGCGAGUUCGGGCUUAAUAGAUUUAAUACAAGAAGGAGCGGGGUUUAACGACGACUACAAAAGUACGGCGGGCCUUUCGAAAUCUGCCUAUAGUAUAUUGCCCUGUGUUUAUACUAACUCAGCCUCUACACAAACUCAAGCAGCAUCAACAUCAAGUAAUUCUGAUUCAAGAUCAUCUAAUAAAGAUUCUCCAAAUUCUAGAGCUAUUUCAAAUGGGUCCCCACUUUACUCUGUUAUGUAUGCAGGUUCGGGAAAUAAAAUCACAAUCAAAAGGAAAGCAAUUGAUGAAACGGACUCAACACCAUCUGAAACCAGUCCCAAAGAAAGCAAAUCAAAUCAGCUUGGUUUUAAAAAGCCAUCGAAUAGAACAAGAAGCUCAUCUAGCAGUAAGAGAAAAGGCUGUAGAUGUGGCAAUGCAACCGCUACACCAGGGAAGCUAACAUGUUGUGGUCAAAGAUGUCCAUGUUAUGUAGAAAGUAAACCGUGUACUGAAUGCAAGUGCAAAGGAUGUAGGAAUCCUCACAGACCUGAUGGAAUGAAGGUCAGACCUCAUAUACCUCAACUAGAUACAGUACAACUAACUCUAAACACCAACCCAGACAGUUCACCUUCCUGUUCAGGCUCAAUAGACAGCCUGGACACAGACACACUCACAAUGGAAGCCAUGGAAGAAUCUUUAACUUUUACCACCGAACUAAAAUCUUCUGACAUUAAAGUAUACACCAGUCAGUUACAAGAAGUAUCGCCUUCAUUGCCAGCUACAAUAAUGAUGGAUGAAGAGUUGCCUGGGUCACCUGAUGACGACAUGAGCUCUCCUCAUGAUUAUACCCAAUGCUCUCCAAGAGAUCAUGAUUUCGAUGCAGGAUCUCCACAAUCAACGGGAACACAUGAUGUAAAUAGUGAUAUAGAAGUCGAUAUAUGACAACAGCUGUCUCUCGCUGGUGACUAGAACUAUUUUAUUCCUUGGUGCACAAAAACUUUUGGAAGGUAUUCCACAGAAGAUUGUCAAAUUUACUAGUCACCAGAAUGGAACUAUUGUGAAUAUGAGUGUGUUUUAAUAUAAAUAUGUCAAAAAUUUAAAUUGAAACAUUUCACUUAAGUUAAAAGUGUGUAGAGAGGCUUUUGGUCUAGGAUUGUAUACAAAAAGUUUGGAAUUGAAAUAUCACUAUAAUUAAUGUAUUGUUAUAAAUUUUCUCGAUUUAA